AUGGCUUCCUCGGCCGAUGACCAACCGAAAAUAGAACUCGUGAGACCUGCAGCGAGUCGCGACCCUGCUGCACCAACCUCUCCUCAUCCUGCUCUGUCAACGGACGAGCAACCCGCUUUGGGGUACCCUCCAGUCAUAGGUUACCCUCCAGGGGACCCCAGGGGCCCUGGACCAUACGCCUACCCCUAUCCAGCCCCGGCACCGCCUAUCCACGGGCCAUACCCGGAUCCUGGCACUUCGUAUGGGCAACGGCAAGUGGAAUGGCGCCGCCUGUCACGCUUCACCCGUGGUGCCCUCCUGGCAAUCUCCAUCUUCGUUGUCUUGCUCCUUUCAGCCACCAUCAUUAUCCAAAUGGCGCUGCACCCCAGGAUGCCCAACUUCCUACUCUCCGGCUUUUCUGUAUCACAUCUCAGUAUCUCCAACGACUCAGUCCUGCUGGCGAACUGGGAAGCGAACGUCGUUGUGGAGAACCGGAACAGCCAUAUAAGGCUCGAGCUUCCCUUGGUUUGGAGCUUCAUCUACCACAGGGAUCCCCAGAGGUACUUAUCGUUGAUGAAGUACAAUGAGCCCCUGACCCUGGGGAAAAAGUCGAGAAGGGUGAUCGACUUGAAGAUGAUGACAUCGGCUUCGGAGCAGCCCGACACCAGGGUGGUCAAUGCCGUUCGGAACGAGCUGGAUAGCAGCAAUAAGAAGGUGAACUUCAGUCUGGCAAUGGAAGUGGCGAUGAAGUUCAAGUACAGCUGGUGGUGGAAGAAGGGCGCAACCAUGAUGGUUUACUGCGGAGACCUCGUGGUUGAAUUCGAUGUCGAGUCCGGGUUUGGUUUUUCCGGAAGUUUAGCAGGCAAUGACAAGCCCAGGAAAUGCCUGCUUCUUAGUAAUUGA